AUGGGGUCGUAUACACCAGAACAACCAUUGGAUGGAGGGUUUCCUAUCAUGGAGGAACCAAUGGGCACUGCACGCCACAUCAAGAUCAUCACCAUCGGGGCUGGUGUCAGUGGCCUCAACAUGAUCAGAAGGCUACGCAAAAGCUUGAUAAACUAUGAACAUACUGUCUAUGAGAAGAACCCUGAAGUCGGUGGGACUUGGUUUGAAAACACCUAUCCUGGCUGUCAGUGCGAUCAUCCGUCGCACAACUACCAAUUCUCCUGGAGGACCAACCCGGCAUGGUCUCAAUUCUCAGCUCCUUCAUCAGAAAUCGAGGCGUAUCUUUAUGAUCUGUGCGAUGCCGAAAACAUGCGACCGGAAAUCAAGCUCUCCCACCAGGUAUCGCAUGCGCAAUGGAUCGAGGCUUCAGGAAAAUGGGAGUUGGAAAUACUGAAUCUCAAGACUGGUGAGAUGGUAUUGGACUCUUGUCAUUUUCUGUUGAAUGCCACAGGCGUCCUGAAUAAUUGGAAAUGGCCCGACAUACCCGGUCUCAAAGACUUUAAAGGCGAUUUGGUUCAUAGCGCUGCCUGGUCGAAAGAUUUUGAUUACCACAACAAAAGAGUCGCAGUCAUUGGCAAUGGUUCGUCAGGAGUUCAAAUUGUGCCAGCACUUCAACCAGACGUAACAAACUUAUUCCACUUCGUCCGCUCACCUACAUGGAUCCUCCCGCCGCAGACAGAUAGACUCCUUACAAAGAGUUCUGUCGAGAUUUUGAGAGGAGCUGUCAUGGAUGGUAGCAAAUUUACACAACAGCAAAUCCAGCGUUUCAGAGACGACCCAAUCUACUACAAGUCAUUUAUCAAGGCGACAGAAGAACAAGUUAAUGGCCUAUUCAGGGUUCUCGUUGACAAUGAAGGUCUCGCAAAAGAUCUUACCGUGACCCUGACCGAGAACAUGAGUGCAACGUUAAAACACGACCCAAAGUUGAUCAAGGCAAUCAUCCCAACCUUUACAGCUGGAUGUCGACGCCUGACACCUGGUCCGGGAUACCUUGAAUCUUUGACUGCCUCUAACGUCUCAGUGAUUACUGAUAAGAUCGUUCGAGUGGUUCCAGAAGGAAUUAUAACUUCAACUGGGGAAUUAAUCGAGGUUAAUGCCAUCGUGUGCGCCACAGGGUUCGAUGUCUCUUUCCGACCACGGUUUCCCAUUAUCGGUCGAAAUGGUAAUCUUCAGGACAUAUGGGCAAAGCAACUGCCUGCAGCUUACAUGUCUUGUGCAGUAGCACACAUGCCUAACUAUUUUCUCUUUAUGGGGCCCAACUCCCCUGCAGGCCAUGGCAGUAUCAUGACAAUUGCGGAGCAAGUUGCUCGAUAUAUUGUCGUGGUGCUCAAGAAAUGGCAAACGGAAUGCAUCGUCUCGGUGGCACCGAAAGAAGCUGCUGUCAACGAAUUCGCCGGCUUUGCCCAUGCAUUCCUGCCCCGAACGGUAUGGGCAGGUGCUUGUCGCUCCUGGUACAAGAAUGGAACAAUAGAUGGACCUAUCAUUGCACUACAUGCUGGUAGUCGGAUCCAUUGGUUCCACAUGAUGGAGAACUUCAGAGGUGAAGACUACGAAUAUACAUAUGAUUCGGCGAAUCGCUUUCGAUAUUUGGGCAAUGGAUUCUCGGUCAGAGAGACAGGGGAUAAUCCAACAUGGUACCUGGACAAUCCUGAUCCGCUCAACGAGGCUGAACAUCCUUGCUAUUGA